CAAUCCAACACACAAACCAGGCAAAGCGCCAUAGCAUCGUCCUCCAACUCGACAUGGCUUCGCCCAAGCUCAUCGCCCUGUUCUUCGCCUUCGCCAUUGCUUCGGCGGCGCUGCAGCCCUCGGAAGCGGCGAGGGUCCAAGUCGUCCAGCAAGCAUUCAAGCCCGCGGCCGCAGGCCAAGAAGCAGCAGAAAAGGUGGCCGACCAAGCAGCAGCCGGCGGCGUGGCACGCCCAUCGACGACACCUCCGGCGGGAGCGGGACCGGGCAUCCCCGCUGGCAUACCUCCAAACCUCCUGGGCGCGAUCCUGGGCCUGCUUUUCCCGCCGCUGGGCGCCAUCAUCGGCCUGUUGCAGCCACUGCUCCCGCUCCUCCCGCCGCCGGGGUCGUCUCUUCCGCCACUCCAAGGCGGCGCCGGCAACCUGGGUGCCAGCUUGACAUCGUUCUCCCCCGCGCCGCCGGCCCAACCCCAGCCGACGGAGUGCAUGACGCCGCUGGCUGGCAUGGUGCCGUGCACGGACUACCUCACCAACAUCACCGUGCUGACGCCCCCCGGCGAGUGCUGCGACGGGCUCAGGUCCGUGAUCAGCGACGCGCCCAUCUGCCUCUGCCACGGCAUGAACGGCAACAUGAACCAGUUCUUGCCCAAGCCCGUCGACCCCAUCCGCAUGCUCAUCCUCCCGCUCGCCUGCGGCACCGUGCUGCCGCUCCAGACGCUCUUCGCGUGCAACUCGCAACAGGUGCCGCCGAUAAUGCCUCCUAUGGCAGCAGAGCCGCCGGUGACACCUCCUUCAGCGUCACCGUAGAUGGUUUCGUCGAGUUCAGAUGCUAGUAGCGAUAGGUGUUCUUCAGUAGUGUCUUCUUAGUUUUAUAAGAUGGUAUUAGAUCAUAUAUAUAGUUUAGAAAGUCGUUAUAGAGAGUACAUGGUGGAGGCAGAGUCAUGUACUGUAAGUAGUUCAGUCGCUUGGGAUCGUCCAUAUAAUGGUCAACGAUGUUCUGCCUUAUA